UUAUACCCCUUCAAUCAAUUUAAUGGUUCUGAAGACGUCUUGGCAGAUGGUUGCACAAAAUACAAAAUACAGAAUGUCAAUGGUGAGAGGAUGGAGAUUUCAUGGCAUGCAAAAAAUAAUUUUCCAGGCAGGAACAUGACGAUGUCUUAUAAGUUUGAUAAACAAGAAGAGAAGCAGUGCAUGGAAUAUAUGCAUGACCAAGGAUACAACAGUGGCUGUCGGUUUCCUACUGAAGGGCUUUAUCUGCACAUUUACAUUAGGAAUCCAAAUCAGACAGAGGAGGUUUACUAUGAUGAACAAGAGAGCAGCAAUUUGUUGAAGCCCAACCCACCUGAAAAUGUUACUUUCCAAUGGGCAGAUGACGAAGUAACUGUGCAGUGCAAGGCAGUUGAGAAUGAGCAUUGUUUUCGCUUUGAGCUUCAGUACAAAAGCCAACUUGACAAAGAUUGGCAGUCUAGGGACCAAGCAUGUUGUGAGAUUAAAGACCAAGGAUUUGAUCCAGCGAAAUGCUAUUCCUUUCGAUUCAGGCUGAAACACAGUUGCAGUGGAUUUUCUUAUUCCAGUGAAUGGGGAGCAGAAACACAUUGGAAAAAUGGCAGCUCUGUAGAUUCCUGUGAUAUAGAUGUCUCCGAACCCAAAUCAAUUACAGUAAUCCCUUUGACUUUGGUGAUGGCUGGCAUCCUGGUAAUAUUUGCCCUUCUGUUGUGCGUUUGCAGAUGGAAAAGAAUUAGGAAGAUCCUAAUGCCUGCUGUACCAGACCCCAAACAUCUAUAUUCUGAUUUGUUCAGCAAUCAUAAUGGGAACUUUCAGGAAUGGAUUAGCAAGACAGAAAAUGUGCUGGUUCAAACAAAGGUAAAAUAUGAUGAUGAUGUUGAUGAAGAAGAAGAAUGUGCAAUUGAAGAGGAAGAAGGAAAAAAAUUCCAGGGAGCCAAAGUAUAA